AUGCCAGUUUCAACAAGAGCAUCGUUGACCUGGCUGAGCCGGAAGGCCAUUGGCCAUAAUAAGCUUGUGUUUUGUCUUCGGCACAGCCAGUCCGGUUUCCGCUUUUCCUCCUCCGAUAACCCCUUGACGCAAAUUGAAUCUGCGAUUGAUUCAUUGAAUGACUUUUCGGCGCGAUUGUUGUCAUUAAGUGAACUUGUGGACAAGAAGCAUGUCUGGAUCAACGAAACGACUGGUCUGGUCGAAAAUACAGCCUUAACCUUACCACAAGUUGUCCUACACAGCAGAGAUUCCAAUCUAAAGGAGUUUCAAAAGGGAUCCGAAGCAAGGGCACUCGUCAUGGAAACUGCACUUGCAACGAACAGGGAACUGAGGAGUUUGGCUGUCGCAUAUGAGAGUCUGUCAAAGGACAUGGAAGCUGCCACACAGAUAUGUCGAGAGACACCAUGUGGCGGAGCCUCGUGGAAACUUGACUUGGAAGAACUGCAGAAAAAUCCCACUAGAACAGUUUCGGAAACAACUGGUAAUGAACAUGUUUCUCUGGAUGGGAUGGACUCUCCCUGUGGUCAGUUGCAAAAGGCAUCCAUGGAAUUUCUCAAAACGUCGCAUACGACGAAACCUCAGGUGACCAUGGCUUCUCGAGCGUUGUUGAUCCUGCAGCUAGCAAUGGAUAUGAACAAGCCACUUCGGCAUGUCCGAGAACACGGAACCAAAGAAGACAAUCAAAGGAUACGGUAUACCUUCGAGAGUCAAGUUGUCCCAACACUGUGGCUUAGAAGUGAGGAAGAAUAUCAGCAGCUACUGGAAAUCGAAAAGGAACUCGGGAGCACGUCUAAAAGCAAAUGA